AUGAGUGAGAGAGGAGAACAAGAAGUAGAGAAGAUUAGUGCACAAAUCGACAACUCCAUGGAAGAGCAUCAGUCGAACAACCCAACAGAAACCUCAGACAAACCCCAAGAUACAAUUGCUCAAAAGAAACAUGCUGCAAUGAUUGAACGCCUCUCGAGUCUCCACCAAUCUCGUCUUCAACAAGCUAUCUCACGUAAGUCUGAUUCAAGCGAUUUACCUGCCUUUGAAUCCACUAAAUCAUUUACAGAUCGAUUUUAUGAAUCCAAAACAUCAAUCGAAACUGAAAUCAAUCGGUGCCGUCUUGCUACUGAUUCAGAAUCAAAAGCUAACUUAAAAUCUGAUCUUGACAAACUAUCGAUUUCGAUUUCUGAACUUGAGAAACUAGUAGCAGAAAAUUCAUACUUCUUGCCUUCUUAUGAAGUGCGUGCGUCUCUUAAAACCAUAUCUGAUUUGAAAGAAACGUUAGAGAGUGUAAAUAAUGAGUUAUUACCUAAGAAGAAAUUCUCAUUUAGGAAUAAAUCUACCGCCUUGAAGAAAGAUCAGGCCGAUGUGGUUACAACUGAGGAUGAAAAUAGUGGUUUUGAUUCAGUUUUAGCUGAAAAAUGUAGUAUUAAAGUUCGGGAUUCUCCUGGAUUCCGUAACAAAGAGGGAGUUGUUUUGAUAAAAAGCUUUGGGAGUUCAAAAGAGGGAUAUUUCACUCUCUCGAACUUAAAUUCGUGUGAGGUUAGGGUAACUGGUUGUUUCAGAGCACUUUACAUUCAUAGAAUGAGGAAUUCUCGUGUUUACAUAGGACCUGUUAUGGGAUCGAUUCUUAUUGAGCAAGUUGAGGGUUGCUUGUUUAUGAUGGCGUCUCACCAAAUGAGGAUUCAUCAUGCUAAAAAGACAUAUUUUUAUCUUCGGGUUCGGAGUCGGCCGAUAAUAGAGGAUUGCAAUAGUGUGAGGUUUGCUCCCUAUUUGUUGUGUUAUGAAGGAAUCGAUAAAGACCUUAAAGAUUCAAGUCUUGAUGAAGAGAAUGGAAAUUGGGCAAAUGUGGAUGAUUUCAAAUGGUUGAGAGCUGUGCAAUCGCCUAACUGGUCCAUUUUAAUGACAGGUGAAAAAAAAUGA